AUGUCUACUGAAGGAAAAUCCGUCUUCUUGACUGGAGGCAGUGGCUUCAUAGCUUCUCACAUCCUUUCCCUUCUGAUUGAGAAUGGGUACAAACCUGUUGCCAGUGUCCGGUCCCCUACGAAAGCCAAUCAAAUUCUCGAACUUCAUCCAGAAUGGGUGGGAAAGGUCAAGUUUGUAUUUGUGCCUGAAAUCACAACACCUGGAGCUUUUGACCAUGUUCUCAAAGAUCAAGCUAAAAAAGGCGGCUUUGAUUACAUCAUUCAUACCGCGUCUCCAGUAACAUUUGCUGUGAAGGACGUGAAGAAAGACCUGAUCGACCCGGCUGUUCACGGCACUACCGAAAUUCUCAAAGCUGCUCACGAACUAGGAGGCAAGCAGGUGAAGCGUUUUGUUUUACUUGGUAGUGCUGUGUCCGUUCUUGAUUCAUUCGAAGAUUUGAAUGCUCCUGAAGGGAGACCUUAUACCGAAGAUGAUUGGAACCCUGCGACUGAGAAUGAUGCAGUAUCGUCUCAAAGCCCUCUCAUCGGAUACAAUGUUGGCAAAAAAAAUGCCGAACUAGCGGCUUGGUGCUUCAUGAAAGAAAAGAAACCGGCUUUUGAACUUGUUGUGAUCAAUCCUGAUGUAGUCCUCGGCCCCAUACUCCAGCCUGUCCCCAGUCCGAAAAAUGUCAACGAAACGAACGAGUUCGCUUGCUAUGCUUUCAUUAAUGGCACCCAUGAGACCGUUGGUGAUGCCAUGUUUGGCUUUUGGGAUUUUGUUGAUGUUCGCGAUGUGGCUCUUUUACAUGUCAUCGCACUCACCUCCCCUCGUAUGGCUAAUAAACGUCACAUUAUCUCCUCGGGUCCUCUCUCGCCCCAGUUGGUUGUGAAUGUUAUUCGGAAGAAUUUCCCGGAACUGGAAGGAAGGUUACCGAAAGGCGGUGAUGAAAAGGAAGUUUUCCCAAAAGGCCUGCGCCCCACCCAAUUGAACAACGCCAGGAGUUUAGAGAUAAUUCGACAGGUCAAAGGCCAAGAUUGGAACUUCAAAAAUUUGGAAGAAUCCAUUGUUGGCUCAGUGAAGUCAUUGCUUGAGCUGGAGCAGAAAUGGGGCUCUCAAGCUGCUCACUGA